UUUACUACACAUUAAACCAUAAAGACGCUCCACACUCUGUUCACUCCCUCAUCUACAGCCUCCAUCAGCGCUUCUGCUCCUCUCCUGUGUGAUUCAUCUCGCAAACUAGCUAUCAUGGUUUCCCAUAAGGAGUUUGUGGGUGCAGGAAAGCAGCCGGGGCUGCAGGUGUGGCGUAUAGAGAACCUGGACCUGAAACCAGUUCCUAAAGCCCUGUAUGGCAGCUUUUACACCGGGGACGCCUACCUGCUGCUCUUCACCACCUCAGCUCCUUCAUACAACAUACACAUGUGGCUGGGGGACGAGUGUUCGCAGGAUGAGAGUGGAGCGGCGGCCAUCUUUGCCACACAGCUGGAUGACUUCCUGGGUGGUGGGCCUGUUCAGUACAGGGACGUGCAGAACUACGAAUCCAAUACCUUUCUGGGGUACUUCAGGUCUGGAAUCAAGUACCAGAAAGGGGGCGUGGCCUCAGGUUUUCAGCAUGUGGUGACCAAUGACAUGAAUGUGAAGCGCCUGCUGCAUAUUAAGGGUCGCCGGGCCAUCAGAGCCACAGAGGUGGCAAUGAACUGGAGCAGCUUCAACAAGGGAGACUGCUUCAUUAUUGACCUGGGCAAGGACGUCUAUCAGUGGUGUGGCAGUGAGAGUAACCGUUUCGAGAGGCUGAAGGCCUCUGGUGUCAGCAUUGACAUCAGAGAUAAUGAGAGAAACGGCAGAGCCAAACUGCACAUGGUGGAGGAGGGGGAAGAGCCGGCAGCAAUCAUAGAGGCUCUGGGGGCCAAACCCGCCAGCAUUGCCCCCAGUACGGAUGAUGAGAAGGUGGAGAGCUCCAACAGGAAGAAGGGUGCCCUCUACAUGGUGAGUGACAUCUCUGAUGCCUCUGGCACGAUGAAGGUGACAUCCGUGGCUCCGUCCAGUCCCUUCAAACAGGCCAUGUUAUCUCCUGAGGAGUGCUACAUCCUGGACAACGGGGUGGACAGAAACAUCUUUGUUUGGAAAGGUCCCAAGGCCAACAUGGCGGAGCGUAAAGCAGCCAUGUCAGCAGGCCAGCAGUUCAUCACAGACAAGGGAUACAGCAAGGCCACACAGAUCCAGGUACUUCCUGCCGGAGCUGAGACGAUUCUGUUCAAGCAAUUCUUCAGUGACUGGAGGGACAAAGACGAGACCACGGGCCCCAGUAAGGCCUACACCAUUGGCAGAAUCGCCAACGUUGCGAAGGUGCCCUUCGAUGCGUCCAGCCUGCACACCAACAAGGCCAUGGCAGCCCAGCACGGCAUGGUGGAUGAUGGCAAGGGCAAGGUCCAGAUCUGGCGUGUUGAGGGUGAAAGGGUGCCGGUGGAUCCCUCCACCUACGGCCACUUCUACGGUGGAGACUGUUACCUCAUCCUCUACAGCUACAGGCUGGGAGGCAGGGAGCAACACAUCAUCUACACUUGGCAGGGGCUGAAGUGCACACAGGAUGAACUGGCAGGUUCGGCGUUCAUGACAGUGAAGCUCGAUGACUCAAUGGGAGGAUCCCCGGUUCAGGUGAGAGUGACUCAGGGCCAGGAGCCUCCUCACCUGAUGAGCCUGUUCCAGGGCAAACCCAUGAUCAUCCACCGCGGAGGAACGUCACGCAAAGGUGGACAGACCCAGAGCGGCAGCACUCGCCUCUUCCACAUCCGACAGAGCUCCUCCUGCGCCACCCGAGCUGUGGAGGUCGAGCCCUCUGCUUCCAGUCUGAACACCAACGAUGUGUUUGUGCUCAAGUCCCCGAGCGCCUUGUUUGUGUGGCGGGGCGUUGGGGCCAGUGACGAGGAGAUGGAGGCUGCCAAGCACGUUGUGGGCUUCCUGGGUGGCAAUCCCAGCUCUGUGUCAGAGGGCAAGGAGCCAGCUGAUUUCUGGUCUGCUCUCGGUGGCAAGAAGGAAUAUCAGACCUCCAAGAGUCUGAGGAACAUGGUCAAACCCCCACGUCUGUUUGGCUGCUCCAACAAAACUGGAAGACUUGUUGUUGAAGAAGUACCCGGGGACUUCACUCAGUCAGACCUAGCCACUGAUGAUGUCAUGCUCCUGGAUACCGGAGACCAGAUCUUCCUUUGGGUCGGCAAUGACGCUAAUGAUGAGGAAAAGUCUGGAGCUCCCAAAAUAGCAAAAGACUAUGUGGACUCGGACCCGUCUGGCCGCAGAGGACAACCCAUCGCCACCAUCAAACAGGGAGCUGAGCCCCCGACCUUCACUGGCUGGUUCCAGGCCUGGGAUCCCAAGAUGUGGGAGGUGGAUCCACUGGACAAAAUCCGUGCCCGUUUCUCAAAAUAAAACAAAAUAAAAGCUCUCUCUACUAAUCAGACUCCUCACCUGCCCACCUCCGCCAUAUUGCCAUUUUUUUGUUUAUCUUAACUCCAAUCCCUAAGUGCCAAAAAAAACAAGUUAUCAUUGUUAUCAGGUCGAAUGGCUUCCUCUAUGCCUUGGUCACGGUGCAGCGCAUCGGACAUGAAACAGGAAUGCAUCACAUCAGUCGUCAAAUGACUUCCUGUAGCAACAUUAUCUUUAAUUGAUAGAAGUGGUUUAUUGAUCUGUUGCAUCCAACAGCUUGUCGCCUUCAUGUUUAUAUGUCAGCUCCUUGUAUGACUAGGAAACAGGAAAGAAAGCCAUGUUAGACAGCUGCAGAUAUCCUCUUCUAUUUCACUUCAGAAGACACAAUCAUGCUUUCUUUUGUCCUUUGCUUUUUUUCAUAUAAAGUAGUUUGUCAUGAAAGAAAGAGUUUACUCCAUUACUAAGCAGUGUCUAGUCAACAUGUGUUGUUUUAUCGUUGGUACUGGAAUGUUGUACACUUACUAGAAGUUGCAUGUUGCAUUUUUUUCUAUCAUAUUCUGUGCUUGUGAAUGUAAAAGGCGUACAGCGGUAUGUACGCGUGUCUGUUGUCUUUAUUACUUGACCCUGAAAUGCUCACAUGGAUGGCUUUUAAAUAAAAACUCCCAGUAUUUCAAACUUUUUUUUCUAUUUCAACAUUUUUUGCUAAUGAGCAGAGAGAUCCGUUAAAUCUUAAAUGUCCACAUUCUGCACCUCCGACAUGAACAUACAGAAACUGUCAGAAGGUUUAUCAGUCGGCUCUCACUAAGUUUAUCUCUCGGGAAGAGAGAAUGGGAUCUUGUUGCAGCCCGCAGCAUCUGUCUGAGUAGGAAUAAGACAUGAAAGCUCCCUUCACAGCUGUGCUGUCCUGCAGGAUGUAUGCAAACACAGGUUUCUUAGAGAGGAAACAGCAGCCAGCAUUACAGCCUGGAAACUUCUAUAUCCUGCCAUGAUACCACAAAUUUAGAUAUUUAGCAUUGUGUAAUUUGCAGUCUAAAUACAAUAUGUGCAUAAUGUAAUACGAUCUCAUUUGAAAGCCCAUUAGUGCAACCCUUCCUCUAAGUGAAUGAUGGCUAGAUGAGUAUUUUAAUCAUUUACUUGAUUUCAUUUCAAAGGCUGUGUGAUCGAAUGCUCAGACAGAGUAAAAGUCUCUGAAACAUUAAUGCUGCAGCACAGUUUUAUUUGAAAGAUCCUAAAAAGACUCUGAGGACACAGAUUUACCACACACAGACCGUCAGAAACCUAUGAGUGAUGUCACAGUGACCACGCCUUUAUUUUAUACAGACCACAGUAAGAAAACAUCAUCAAAACAUGCCAAUGUAUUGCAAUAUUUAGUUCUUCAGUUAUGAUUUAUAGGAAAGUUAAACUAUUUUUAUUGAAGUGAAACAACUCUUCUCCCAAGUGAGUUUUAUUUAAUCUUGGGAAAUACAUGAUCAUCAGAUUAAUUAUUACAAAAAAAGGCCAAACUCUGCAUUUACAUGACAAUUACGCAGAAUCAGUCAGCUGAUGAUCAGCAAUCCACAGGAAUUACUAAAUGGACAUUGCUGAGAGGUAGUUUUGUAAACGGGUGUUUCCCAGAUCAAGGCUGAAUACUGAACUACAGCUUUUGAACCAUGUGGUCAAGAAAUCUUUAAAAAUGGAAUAUACAAUUCCAUGAUAACUGGGCAAUCCCCAUUUGAUUAAUUAAGUGAUAGAAAGCUACAAAGCAGUUACUAAAUAGACCUCGUAGUGAGACUGUUGAAGUAAUCUUUUCCUCUGUGAACCUCAGCCUUGUGUUGUCUACAAGUUACACACAACCUGUGUUACCUUGAUUUUAUCCCAUGUGUCUUGUUCCUGAACCCGUCAUAUGUUUUUUUUUCUUAUGUUGAUUACAAAGAAAUGCAGUAAAAUUAAAAAAUGAAUAAAUAAAAUCUUGGUUUGUUACAUGAAUGUGUUGUUGUUUCCAGUGGGGAC